UUUCGUUUCUAUUAUUUUUCCACCUUUUUUACAGUAUAUCAAUGUUGAAAAGCCGUCUUGUGUUUAGUGCAGUUCUCAAACGAAAGUUUCAUGCAUUGCCUAGUUUUGAAAAGUUUGUCAUCACGCCCGAGAUUAAGUCGGCUAUCCUUCAAGGAAGACCUGUAGUUGCUUUGGAAUCCACAAUCAUCAGUCAUGGUAUGCCGUAUCCUCAGAAUGUAGAGACAGCCAAAGCAGUAGAAGAUAUUAUUCGAGAUCAAGGUGCUAUUCCUGCCACUAUUGCUCUCUUAGACGGCAAAGUUCAUAUUGGUUUGACGGAUGAAACUUUGGAACUUUUGGGUAAAGUAGGUAUCGGAGCACAAAAAGCUUCGCGACGUGAUUUAUCCGUCGUGCUUGCUCAAAAAAAAGUAGGAGCAACCACGGUUGCAAGCACAAUGAUUUUAGCAAGAGCUGCGGGUAUUUCUGUAUUUGUUACCGGUGGCAUUGGCGGUGUUCAUCGAGGCGCAGAAUCAUCUUUUGAUAUUAGUGCGGAUUUAACAGAGUUGGGAAGAACUCCGGUUGCUGUAGUAUGUGCUGGCGUCAAGAGUAUCUUAGAUAUUCCCAAGACAUUGGAGGUCUUGGAAACCCAAGGUGUGACAGUAACUACUGUAGGCCCAAAUAACAAGUUCCCCGCUUUUUAUACCCCUGAAAGUGGAUACAACAGUCCCUAUCAUGUAGAUAAUUCCUUGGAUGCUGCCCGCAUGAUUCAGGCCAAUCAUGAGUUGGAGUUAAAUAGUGGUAUGGUAUUUGCGGUACCUAUUCCUAGUGAAUCUGCAGCUGAUGCAAAAUCUAUUGUAAAUGCCAUUGAUGCCGCCAUCAGUGAAGCAAGAUCAAGCAAUGUGCGUGGUAAAGAUGAGACACCCUUCUUAUUGAAGCGUAUUGCCGAACUCACUAAAGGGGAAUCUCUUGCUGCCAAUAUUGCGCUUGUUAAAAACAAUGCAAAGAUUGGUGGACAAAUUGCUGCCCAUUUAGCCCAACUCAAAAAAACGGUAUAAGAUAGAGUAUUUUACUUUAAAAAGUCGUUCUGGUUACCAUCCUCAAGUGCUUGAACGACAUCUUUCCAAACAUUAGCACUCUGUGGAAAAUAAAAAUAAAAAAGUUAAGAUGUAUAAACCAGAUACAAUAACAUUUAAACUUACAUCUUGAUAAAAAUUGACUUUUG